AUGAACGAACUUAUCCAAGAAUUUGUAAAGGCUCAGGAGUUACACAACGGAUACUUUCUGGCGCAGACAAUCUCCCCCGUUCCGCCGCAGCAGGAUCCUGACAGGCUUAGAACGGUGUGGCAAAGCACGAACGCUCACAGCGUGAAGGGGGACAUCAAGAAUCUGGUAAAAACGCGGACGUCUCGCCGAAUUCGCUUGGACAACGAUUUGGUGAACGGGUGGGUGGCCGUGUACGAGUCGUACUGGAAGGCUGUCGGCGUGAUACUCGCUGGUGAGGGCGGAAAGUCAUCAUGGACCGAGGUGUACGAGGCGUGGAAGAACCUCACGUCCAACUUGAUCCGUGGAUACAACAGCUUUGGGUUCGAAGCGUGGACAAUCCCAAGCCUGUAUAUGGUGGGGAAGUACCUCAGAUUGUUCGCCAUCAAAUCCGACGACGAACGUAAGCGCAACUCGACAGACUUGGCCGGCGCCGCGUCUCUCAUGCAAGAUGACUUCGAGGCGGAUUCCGAGCAACAAGCUCAGCUGAGAGACUGCGAGCAACACUUGAAACGUAUCUUUACGCUUUGCCUCAAUGACAGAGCUCCGCUCGAAGAGUCACGGAAAUGGGGCAUCUACUUCAUCAUCAACUUAUUGUUCAAGACUUACUUCAAGCUGAACGCGGCGUCGCUGUCGAAAACCAUCCUGAAGACCCUGGCCGCCUACAAUGAGAAAGGCGACAUGCCACCCUUGGAUUGCUUCCCGAAAGCGCAGAGAGUGACCUUCAAGUAUUACGAAGGCGUCUUGUGUUUUCUCGAAGAGAACUAUGUACAAGCAGAGAAGCAUCUCAUGGAUGCGUGGAGCCUUUGCCACACAGAUGCCAACGCCAACCUGGAGAAAAUAUUGACAUACCUCAUCCCGUGUAAGCUGUUGACGAGCCAUGUCCUUCCGACGAAAAAGCUCCUGAAGCCGUUCCCGAGGCUGCAGGCACUGUUCCUCCCGCUGGCGCGGUGCAUCCGACGAGGCGACUUACGAGCGUUCGACAUUGCGCUACAGAAAGGUGAGGAGGAGUUUGUCAAACGGCGAAUCUACUUGACGUUGGAGCGGGGUCGCGAUAUCGCACUGCGUAAUCUCCUUCGCAAAGUCUUCAUAGCUGGUGGAUUUAUCGAUCCACCGGAGGAAGGCGCUACGCCCGUCCGCCGGACGCGCGUGCCUGUCGCGGAGUUUCGAGCCGCCAUUUGCAUGGGCAGUGGUGGCGACAAAAUUGAUUCUGACGAGGUGGAGUGCCUGCUGGCCAACAUGAUCUACAAGGAUCUCAUGAAAGGCUACAUCUCACGGGAACGAGGCAUCGUCGUGCUGUCCAAGAAAGGUGCUUUCCCUGGAACAGGGCUAUAA